AUGUCGAAACGAAUCUCCUUUCGUGUCCACGGAAAAGUCCAAGGCAUCGAUUUCACUCGGCGGAAUGCGAAUAACUACAACUUAACCGGAUGGGUGAGGAAUACACCUGAUGGAAAGGUAGAAGGGGAAGCCCAAGGGGAUGAGGCCGCGCUCUCCAAGCUGCUCGAGGAUCUAAGCCAAGGACCCGAAUUAGCACGUGUGGUUAAGCUGGAAAAGUCGGAGAUUGACCUGAAGGAUGGGGAGGAGUCGUUUGUAGUGACUCGCGGCUAA